AAAAGGCCAUAUUAAUAUUUGAAGUAGAAGAUUUAUAAUUCGCCAUCUAGUGUCAGUUUCGGGAAGAACGCCACGUCACUCAAAAAAUAAUAUAAUUUAGGGCUCUAAAACAUUGUAAUAGUGCAAAAUGAAUAUUUUCCGUUUAACAGGAGAUUUAUCUCAUUUAGUAGCCAUAAUAAUACUUCUGCAAAAAAUCUGGCAUACCAGAUCAUGUGCUGGUAUAUCGGGUAAAAGUCAGAUACUGUUCGCAUUGGUCUACACGACGAGAUAUCUGGAUUUGGUGACUUCUUACGUGUCGCUGUACAACACGGUGAUGAAAUUCGUGUUUUUGGCCACAUCCUACGCCACGAUUUAUCUGAUUUACCUCAAAUUCAAGGCCACCUACGAUCACAAUCACGACACGUUCCGGAUCGAAUUUUUGAUUCUACCAUCGUUCGGGCUCGCCAUGUUGAUCAAUCACGCUUUCUCCUUUAUGGAGGUGUUGUGGACGUUCAGUAUAUACUUGGAAUCGGUCGCCAUUUUACCGCAGUUGUUUAUGGUGAGCAAAACCGGCGAAGCGGAGAGCAUCACGUCGCAUUAUCUGUUCGCUUUAGGCUCCUACAGAGGUCUCUACAUUCUCAAUUGGAUCUAUCGUUAUGCCACGGAAAAUUAUUACGAUCUCAUCGCUAUCGUGGCGGGCGUCGUACAGACGGUUUUGUAUUGCGAUUUCUUCUACUUGUAUAUCACGAAAGUUCUUAAGGGGAAGAAACUUCAGUUGCCAGCUUAAAUCCUAAGACUUUACAGUACAAAUUUCUAUAAUUAUUAUUUUUUUUUUGUUUUCAACUAAAGUGGUAUUAAAAAACGUAAUUUUAUUUGUGUCAGAUCGUCUUGCAUGAAUAUUUAUCGAUUACUAUUUUGGAGAUUUGUUCGGAAAUUUACUUUAAAUUUAGGCUUACUUUUUUGUGUACAGAUCCUUUCAUAUUUUUCGUAUAAACUUUUUAUUGUUUAAUGAGGCAAACAAAAGCGUUAUUUUGACUAUAAGUUACUUUAUUAGAAAUUACGAGCCUUUAUUGAGGUUUUUGUAAAGAAAAAAAAUGUUUUAAACCUUACUGAUUAUGGAGUGCUACUAGUUUAGGAAAAUGUAAUCUAUUUUAAACAAACAUUUAUAAAUAACCGUUUUUACUUCAUCUUCUAUUAGCGUAUUCGUGCUACAAUGGAAAAAAAAUAUUAAAUAAACGUUUUAUCUUCCAGCGAGCUUGAAUUUGCUCACCUUAUCACAUUUUUGUAUAGAUAACACUAGUUUACAUGUUUUGUGCAAAGAACAUUAUGAUAAUGGGAGUGAUGGGAAGACUUUCGGUUACAAAUUAGAUUAAUUCUUCUUUUUCCUAUGAUUUUGGGUCGGUUUUUUCGUAUUAAUGUGCAAGAGUAGACUACUAGCACACGAUUUAGAAUUGCCUAGAACCAUUUAGAAUGUUCCAGAACAAUUUAGAACUCUCUAGGACCAUUUAAAACGCUUUCAGAACCAUUUCGAACUGUUUAGAACACGCUCCAGAACUAUAUUUUAGAAAUAUUUAUGUCGUGCAGUAAAAAAAUGUAAAAUUUGUAGACUAGUGUAAUCGAUACCAAUUUAUUCUUUCAUUUACAUAAAUCUCGUUUCCUAAAUAACGGUAGGAUUUGUUUAAAUAAUUGUAAAUCGCGAUGAAAUGCGCGAAAAUUGUACGAAUCGAUUAAUUUAAAUUAGGUAGCAUUUAAUAUUUCUUACCUACAUCUACUUAAAACGAGUCCUUUAAGGAUGCUAAACUUAGUUGUAUUGAUUAUAUACAGGGUGGUCUCGUUGAGGAUCGACGUAGAACAAUCUGUUGACUGCCAACUACAUUCUGGGCUAUGACGCCGAACUACGAGUUAUCUCGUAUUAACGGGCAGUCAACGGGUUAAUUUUGAACACCUUGUAUAACUGAAUAUUUCUUACUGUUUCUUUUUUUAUAAAUAGUAAGGUGAAAUACCAAAAAAAAGAUGUGCUCAUUUAGUUACUCAAUUAUAAUAAAUAA